AUGUGUAACCAACCUAAAAUAAAUGAAUCCAACUACCUAGCGCACAGACACUGGAAACUAAACGAAAAAAAUUCAAUGAGAACAAUCCUUGUUUUAUUGGCUUUGUGUGUUUUAGCACUCGCUGUGAAUGGUGCUGACAUUAGUUUUAUCAGCUCAUUUGAUGAUUAUAAACUUUCUUGCAACUUAAAGACAAAGAAUAAUACAGUGAAUCCAAUCUCAUCUGGUUAUUUGGUUGGGUUAUAUGCUGAGGGUGGCUCUAGCUAUCGUUUGGCCAUGAUUGACUUGGACAGUAAUGCCAUUACUUACAUUGGUAAUGAUGUCUUUAAUUCUUAUUCAUUGGGUGGUGUCGCCAUCGACCCAAUUAACCACAGAUUAUUCAUCAUGGUUGUUCCAUCUCAAACUCCAACAAUGAGAACAUACAGUCUAUUAACUGGUAAAAUGUUGUAUCAAGUGAAUACUUCUGAAAUUUCCAACUUGGUUUUUGAACCAGCAUUGGGUAAUCUCUAUGGAUUAGGUUACAAUGAUUCAAUGGUCACAAUUUUGGAUAUUGAUUGGGAAACUGGUGAGGAUACAAUUGUUGCAACUACUCCACUCAAAGGAUCUACCAAUAUGAUUCGUAAUAUUAAUCCAGCAACAUCUGUGAUGUAUAUUUAUGGAUAUGAUAGUACCUAUUUCAAUACUAUGAUUGCUGUCAAUUUAACAAGUGGAAGUUGGAAAUAUUUCAAUCCUCCUUCUAUUACUUCCUAUGUUGCUUUGUUUUCAAAUGGUUAUCAAGGUAAAUCCAAUGUCCUUGCAAUUGCUGAAUACGAAGGAAAAUAUGCUCCUGUUUCCAUUGAUAGCAAUACAAAUGUCACUGUAAUUGGUUCAACAAGGUUUAAUUCAUUGGUCCUGUCUGACAAGGCUUAUGACGUUAAGGAAAAUGUCAUUAUUGGAACAUUGGAAGAUACAAGCAAGAUUGUAGUUCUUAAUAUGACUAGUGGAUUGAUUGUAAAACAAAUUCCAUUGAAUAGUGGUGCUUCUCUUGGACCUGUCUCAUACCAACAAAUUUGUGUCUGUUGUAUUGCUUCUCAAAACACAAGAAGUAUCUAUGGUGGUUCAUUGGACAAGUCAAUUGUUCUUCCAUGUCAAACCAAUACUGCAUCAUCCACCAAAGUAAUUGGUACUACUAGUAGUAAUGGUACUAUCAAACCAUCUCAGAGCAGAGUUAGUUCUUCCAAUUCAAAUUUCAAUAUUUCACUUGUAUUCAUUGUGAUUGUAGGAUUUUUGAUGGGUCUGUUCUAA